UCACCCACCACCCAUGGCUAGAGCCAGCAUUAUCCCUAACAACCCUUAUGUGUAAGCUGCUAGGUGACAAUUGGAAAGGGCCUCCUCCCUCUUUCCCUAGAUGGGUAGAUCCAGACACUGUAUCAACGAGCACCCCCAGUAAUACUCGUCUGUGCCUGCAGGGCUCCUGUACAUUGCAUGCUGUACGUUCUCCUUUUACUCCGGUAACAACAACGUGGAUGCUGAGCCAACAAAGACUGUAUUGCAAACAGCUGUUGUGUAGCCCCCAUCACUCGUCUCUCCUCAGCCUGCACCACUAUAUGUUCUCCGAGGCAGCUCCACUCUGCAUCGCUCCAUUCCGGGCUCGGGCAUAGGCCUGCACAGAUCACGGCAGAGUAUGAAUGCAUCAAUUCCCAACUCCUUAGCCGGCUUCCCUCCUGUUUUUCCUAUUGUAAUUUGUCUGCAGACCAGGAUGACCCCUGUGGAUGGCGAAGUAGGAGGAGUUCUGCUGCAAGGUUGUGAACAUGGAGGGGUCCAUGAAUAUCAGAAAGUGCCCCUAGCUUCUCUCCAGGCCCCUUGGCAAGGGUUCACUCUUUCUCCCUUUUGUUUCAUUCUCGCUUCCUCUCCCCAUUAUUUUAUCCGGCGUUCAUGUUUGAGGUCUGUUUUUCCUUCUUACGCUUCCUUUUACCAUUUCUCACCACUUCUGUUUACAGCAUGCUUAAGCUGUGAUUCAAACCAAGGAAGGGCUGCCUCAUUGUGACACUGGGACUCAACAUAAACCAAACCCUGUGUUUAUAACAUCGGCUGUGAUUCUCAGCCUUGAGUGCGCACUAGCUACGUGCUGCUCUGUGGAAGUGGGGCAAGGCAGACUGGAGCCGCUGUUGUAUAGUUUGGGUGUGAGAAUGAGGAAGUCCCUGAAGAAAGGCGGAGCGAGUGUGGCCUCCAUAGAUAUAAUGGACCUUUUUAUAAAAACCACAAAAGCAUUUUCAACUUCCCCACCUCAUACAGCGCACACAGCUUUUUGGAACUGCUUAUGGCUCCUAGACAGGAAGAUAGAAACAGUGACACUGCAGAAAACAGCCUGGAAAACUCUGAGUAAAAUGAUUAGAAGCCCCAGAUAUUUGUUCAGUUCUGAACGAAGCUAUUGGAAAAAGGAAGCAGAAGUAUUGGAAAAGGAAACAACUUUGCAUUUACCUCAACCACUCUAUAAUCAUCUUCCUGCAUAGAGCUCGGUCCAGAUGGUUAGGUCUGAGUCCCUAUCACAACCCAGCUGAGAAGGAACUAAGUGAGUUUCUAAAAAUCAUAUUGCUUUUGACCAGCACUAAUGUGACCAGGGUCAAGUUGUGAUACACAAUGUGUUGUCCCCCAGAGGCCAGAAUAGCAUUUGGGACAUCUAGUUUCAUCACAAUUUGUGAAUUUUGUGUAGGAGUGGGUUAGGGGGUGUGACCAUUUAUAAUAUUAUUGAUAUUGAUAUUACAAAACGGCAAUGAAUCUUACAAGAUAUGCCAUGGAAGUGGAAAAGGUAUGAUUUGCUAAGUAUGAUAAUCUGGUUUAUAUGUAUGUGUCGUCUUUGUAUUGUGAGUUAUAAAUCUAUAUGAUAUCUCUGUAUCUCAAACCUGUGCUGUGCUCCUGGGUGACACCCCCCAGGCAGAUUGGCAUCAGCACUAUCUGGACUGCUUAAUGGCCCAUCAAGGGCAAUCAGCUGUACAAUGAACCCAUUGAGAGAAGCCAUUGGGCUAUGCCUAUGCGUCAGCAGGACAUGUAAGGACAUGCCUGUGGACAGGGGACUCCAAGAAAUUUCCAUGCCCAUGUGCUUUGAGUUUGUAUUUGGGACAAAGGAAAUACAAGCCAAAUGAAAAAAGAUAUAAAAAAGGCAGCUGCAUCUUCUCCAUUUUUCUUCAGUUCUGCUUCUCUCACCUUUUGGAGUAACUUCUGUACAAACUGAAGCUUUGAACAAAGGAUUGAUACACAUAUCCAAGCUGUGGAUGUGUUCCAGAGGGACUUUACAAGCCAGCAAGCUCACCAAUGCUGCUAAGAACCUGAUAUAUGGACUCUGAAGUCAUAUCGCUCCAGGAAGGGCAGGGGGACUGUAUCUCACGCCCUCAGCGGAGCACUGCAGGGAGCAGUGGUUUCCUCUUCCCUCAUGACUGAGCUCUCUGCUGCUCUGGUGUCACCCAGCUCGGGGACCCUGCUCCGCGGAGCCAAGGAACCGAGGGCUUGAAGACAUGCAGCUCGUCGGGACGCACUGAGCACAAUGCUCCAGCACAACUGCCUGGAGUUGGUACCUUUGGUCCUGUGCAACCACUUCAAUGGAGAGGGAGCGUUAACACCCUACAUUUCUGUUGAACAGAGUAACUGGAUUAGUGCACAGGGGGAAUGCGGUGGACAAGGCUCUUGACACAGUCCCAUAUGACGUUCUGAUAGCACAUCGGAAGCAGGAAACCUGCCUAACAAUCAGUGAGGUCAUUGGAUGAUUGAGGUGGUAAAAAAGCACUGAAGGAAGACAAGGCCAUUGCAGAGAAGCCAACACGAUUCUUUGUAUCAGUCUUUACUGCAGAGGAUGUGAGGCAGAGUCCCACACCUGAGCCAUUCUCUUUAGGUGACAAAUCGGAGGAGCUGUCCCAGAUUCACGUGUCUAUAGAGGAGGUUUUGGAACUUGUUGCCAGGGGAUGUUGUGAAGACCAAAAGUAUAAGAGAGUUCAAAAAAGAAUUAGAGAAGACACUUUGAAUGGUUUAUGAGAAGAAAGCAAGAUGGACGGAAGUCAGCCCCGCACCGAGACUCCCACGGCUCUCAAGAGGAUCUCUCUGCUUUCCUCUCCCAUGAGGGCAGUCAUCCGUCUGCGACGAAAAGUCCAGUUCCUGAAGAAAACUCGCCUGCAUCUGAACCUUCCCAGAGAACAAUCUCCAGAGCUGGUCCAAACUAAGCUUCUUCAAAGGCAGAUUUCCUUGAGCCGAACAAACCUGUAUAACCCUUCGAUGUCCCUCUUUAAUCAAGCCACUUUUGACAAUUCUCAGUACUUCACCUUUGACACGUCUGUGGACCAGUCAAUGGUGAAUAAAUACAAACGGAAGAAGACCCGCAGGAAGUCCAGGAUGGUGUUGUAUCCAGAAAGCUCCAAAAAGUACCUUCCAACAGAGCAAAAGAGUAAAGCAAAGCGCUGCCUUCUCUUGCUCAUUGGCAUCAUCUGCUUCCAAAUACUAAAUGCUAUUGAGAAUUUGGAUGACAACCUUCAGAAGUAUGACCUAGAUGGGCUGGAGAAAACCAUGCACCGGGAAGUAUUUGGGCAGAAGUUGGCUGUGGACAGAAUUAUGGAAUUGUUGAAAGACUACCUGGCCACCCAUAUACACAACAAGCCAUUAGUGAUCUCCUUCAAUGGCCCACCUGGGGUCGGAAAGAGCCAUGUUGGGUGGCUGCUGGCUAAACACUUUCGUUCAGUCAUGGACAAUGACUUUGUGCUUCAGUACUUUGUGAUGCACCACUGUCCAAACAAGGAGGCUAUUCCUGCUUGCCAAUCGGAUUUGUCUGAAAAGAUUUCUGAGAUGGUCACCAGAGCAGAGAUAGAAGAGAAGAUACCAUUGUUUAUUCUGGAUGAGAUUGAGCUCAUGUCUCCAGUCCUGUUGGAUAUGCUCAGCAGAUUCUUCCAACCAAACCAGACCAACGAGUUCCUCAAUGCCAUCUACAUUCUAAUAAGCAACGUAGGGGGCAGUGAAAUCACAACGUUUGCCCUCCAGAAUGUUUCCAGUGACCUUCUGCACCAGCAAAGAAAAAUAGAAGAACUGCUGUACAUUAUCCAGCCUAUUCUGACCCACUUCCACCCUCUUUGGAAGUCUGCUGACAUCAUCCCAUUUGGUCUGCUGGAGAAGAGUCAUGUCAUAAACUGCAUCUUGGAGGAGAUGAUGCGGGAAGGACUGUAUCCCGAUCAGAGCCAUAUUGAGAAUUUAGCUAGCCAGCUCAGCUAUUACACUACAGGAGGCAGGGAGUAUGCCAUAACUGGCUGCAAGCAGGUCGGAGCCAAAGUCAAUCUGCUGUAGCAGUAACUAUAAAUAAGAGGCCAAAUCCUGUUCUCGGCACUUUGCAUUCAGUGGAGAUAGCCUGGCUCUCUGCUGGCAUGACUGACAGCAGAUUUUGGCCCAGCAAGCAUUUCUUCAAGGGUACAGAUAUAAAGCUGUCUCAGUGACCAUGUUAUAAGAGGGUUCUAGGAGGCAGGACAGCAGCUGUCACCUCUUCUAAGAUGAGCUCUGUUCUCCUAUUGAUUUAUCAGACUUGAGUCACUGAACUCCCACUGUCCUGCAAAUAAUCCCCUGUUGACUAAGGCCAGGAGCUCUCCCUGAGGAUAUGUCUGCAAAGCAAUUUAAGGCCAGGUCUGAGUCCGGGCACAAGCCAAACCCCCUUGUGUCCACACUGUAAAUGUGCUCGCCUAGGGCUCCAGAUCCAAGGUCCUAGGACCCUGCAGGGCUGGAGGAUCCGAGCCCUAGUGCUUUCCUGUGUGUACACGACCCCAACCUGAUUUGGGUCCAGAAGUCCUCUGGAUGUAUCCCAGAGUUCCCAGCGGCAGCAUCAUUACUGCUUGGCAGAGCGCGCUCCCUGUUCCUGCUCCUCUCACAGUGGCUGCUCUUGCUCUGGCUCCUCCUCGCUGCUGCGCAGAGUUUGCCUGGAGCAGGGAGCAGAGCUGACAGGUGGGAGGUGGCUCCUGGAGGUCAUCCCUCUGCCAACUGUGCUGAGCCAAAAGCUCUGCCGCUCGCCCUCUGUGCAGCUUGGUCCUGCUCUGCUCUCUGUGCCUUGCUCCUGCCCGCCCCCCACCCUCCCUGGGGCUGUGUGUACAGGGGCACCUCGAAAGUGUGCACUGUCAGGGUGGUGAGUAGGCACCCCCAAACUUCCCCACAGCCUCCUGGGGAUCCCUUAUCCCUGCCUCCUGGGGUGCGGCAGGAGCCAGGAUAAGGGGAAUGCUGGGAGGUGCUGGAGCAUGCUUCACCCCAAGCCCUGGCCAUGCACUUUACCGCUCUGCAGCCAGCAGCAGCUGGGCGGGGUGGGGGUGGGGAUGAGUUUUUCCUCUGAUACCUUCAUUUUAGGUCGAACUUCUGGGCACUGCAGUGUGGAUGCCAGAGCCCUAAGUUUGAGCACGGGUCAGAAAAUCCUUAACCUAGGGUUCAAAGGCAGCAUAGACACUGAAGCCCAGAGUUCCCUGACACAGGUCAGCUGACUCGAGGCCCACUAACCCGAGGCUUACAUUGCUGUGUAGACAGCCUCCAGUUGUAUUGCGACCCCAUUUUAUGUCCCUCAUACACACGUACCUAGCAGUUUAUUCACUGGUGAUGUGUCAGCAAGUCUAGGAGAUGAGACUUAAUCCCCCAGUAUAUGUACACGGCAGAAGUCAUUUAAUGUGGCGGAGAUGGUGAGACAUUUGGGGUGACAGACUCAUCAGCAUGCUUAGCUGGGUCUCACUUGAGCUUCACACUCGGAAUCUGCAAUCUCUGCCUUUCCAGGGUCUGGCUGGACCUGCGAUGAAGGGUAACUGGCUUAAGAUCAGUCUAGCCAAGCUGGAGAUGAUGCUGGCAGGUAAGGGAAACAUUUGGAAUAGCGAGUGCAGACUGACUGUUACCCACCGACCCUUGGUGUCAGAAUGAUGCAUUCUUGGGCUCUUUUUCUCCACGGCUGCUCUUGGAUUCCUGGGCAACAGCAGUUUCCUGGAAUACGUUCUACCAUCUCUGGUUGCCUUAGAAGUUGUAUCCCUUUAUACCUGAGGCAGACUGUGCCCUUGUCACUUCCAGGCUAGAUUCCUGCAAUGCACUUUUCUUGGGACUACCCUUGAAGACUACUCAGAAGCAUCGGCUAGGGAAGAAUGCAGCUGCCUGCUUGUUAAGGUUUUCCUCAUGUGGCCUUUGGUAUAAACGCUGCUGCUUGUUUGUUUCUAAGUACGAUUCACAGCACUGAUUAUCUAGAGAGCCCUUACAUGGGAAUUCACAGAUGCAAGGUAAUGUGCAUUUUGAACUGUUCGUGCACAUUGCUGGGUUCGAAAACAACGCCAGAACAGGCACUGGGCAUCUUGGGAACAGCUCUGUGAAACCCGUACUCACUGGGCAGCAGCCAUCAAAAACAAAAAUAUUAAGUUGCAGGAGGAACAGGAGAGGAAACAGCACUGAAAAAUAUGAUAAUGCCAUUGUUAUGGAGCGACAGUCACCUCUCUGCUGUUAAGGUUGCAACCAGCUUCCAUUAUAAAGCCCUGUUCGAGCCCUGCUGUAACCUUAGCUUGGAAAUCUGGUACAUGCAAAGUUUCAACGAAAUGUAUGCAACUGCCUUGGCGUUCCAGGUCUUUACAAUAUUCUCCCAAUUAGAAAUACUAUCUGUUGUCUAGGCUUUCUGCGUCUCCAUCUAGCUCAAAAUCAGUUUGUUGUCUUCUCACUUCCUGUACAGUUAACUCUCCUUGAACAUUCAUGUUCAGUGGAAGAAUUGAUGAAAAUAGCAUGUAAUUAAGCAAAGGUGUUGGUGACUUUUUUAUAGGCCAAUCCUGUUUGUAUUGAUUUCAUUGGAAUUAUGUGAAUAAUGGAUUUUUUUGUGUGGACAUUCUGAAAUAUGUAUCAAAAUAUGGUUUGGAUCUUUUUCUUUUUUUUUAAAUUUUCUAAGUAAAUUUCAAAAAGAAAAGUCA